UUGGAGAUUGUAUGGUGGCAGGUACGGCAGAAAAAAAUGAAAUGAUAUACAGAUGGAGAACAUGCAUGUUGCAGCAUAUGUAGGUAAUCCUACACAUCUUAUCUCUAACUGGAAUUUACUGACUGACAAUGGCAGAAAAAAUCUUAAAGAAAUUAGAUGUUCUAGAUGAGCAAGCAAAGAUACUCUUGGCCAGAAGAGCAAAGAAAAACAGGCUUCAGAGUCAAGUAAAGAAAAAGACUUUGGUGACACCCCUGACAUUUGAUUUUCAGUUUGAAUUUGAAAAGGCUAUUGCUACAUCCACAUCUAAGACAGUACCAAAGAUCACAGAGGACAAAUCAUGUGGCUUUAAAAAAACAAAAAGGUGUGUCUCCUUCAAAAACGAGCCUGAACCUAGAAAGAGUGAUUUUGAAAAGUUAAAUGUAAGACCACAUUUUUUACCAACAAAUAUAAAAAAUCAAGAAAGCGAGUCAAUAGAGCCAGUAGAAGAAAAUCUAAAAUCAAGAUCUAUUACAUCUUUUCAUUAUCUUAAGGAUACAGCUAAGGUGGAAAAUGCUAAGCCCUUGCAUGAUCUAUAUUCACAGCGUAGAAAAACAUGUGGAAGAACAUUGGGUUCUACAGUCUUUUCUCCUGUACCCAGCAUUCAAUCUAAUGUUUAUAAGAAGGAAAAAGACUCUACUUUAUCUACAGCUCAAACUGAAAAAACACCUAGGGAAUCAUUUGAUUUGGUUGGUCACUUAGAAGAUUAUGUAAAUAAAAGAAGAAAAUCUCCUCCGCAGAUGAACGAUUCUAGUACAGAAGAAAAUAAAUCCGUCAGAAAUUAUCAAUUAAGUGAGCACUAUUUAGUAAGAAAGAAAAGCUUGCUCCCCUUGUGCUUUGAGGAUGAAUUGCAAAAGCCAAAUGCCAAGAUAAUCAACAUUAGUCCAGCAAAGACAGUAACUUCUCACAUGGAACAAAAUGACACAAAUCCCAUAAUUUUCCAUGAGACUGGAUAUGUACAAAUGUUACUUUUGACAAAAAAUAGGCUUCCUCCCCACCCUAUGGAAAAUGGAAACAUGUACCCAUAUAAAAGAGCAAAUUUUGUUUCAGAAAGAAAUCGUGAACUCCUCAAAUCUUUAAUUAGUUAUCAAUCUGUUACUCCUUCUAAACCUAAAAGAACUAUGCCUACAGCAAGGAGGAAAGAUAUACAAGCAGCACCUUUUGACGUGGGCCAUAGAGUUGCAGACGAUAAAUCAAGGAAGAAAACUAGUAAGCAGACAUUAGAAAACAUAUCUUGGAAUAAACUCUAUGAUUUCUCACAAACUUUUUCCAGUCUAACAAAAAGAUUUGUGGGUUUCCUUGAUAGAACUGUUAUUCAAGAAAUGAAUGCUAAAACUGGCAAAUUGAAAGUGUUUUCUACAGUGAAACCAGUGAGCAAAUUUAGUGCCUUACCUGUCAAAUAUUGCUCAAAGCCUUUAAAAAAUAAACUCAAAGUCCAUAGAGUAAAUAAUGUAACACCAUUGGACGAUCUGUUAAACUUGCCAAAUGAAAAUUAAACACCUCACAAAAUAUUGUUUAUACAGCAAUACUUGGGGAGCAAGAAGCAAAUAACGGAGUUCCAAGAUUAUAGAAGAAAUUCUUAUCUAAAUAGUAAUGUUCUAAUGGAUGGUAUAAGAAAGCAAAGCAUAGAAAUUGGAGUUACAAAACAACAGUGGUCUGUUCAAGAGAAGCCAAAAUUUUUAGUAAAUAAGAGGACAAAAUCAGGAAAUAAUUAUCAACAAGAAGAACUAGCUCAUGAAUUUUUAUUAUCUCAAUUAGAUUCCUUGAUGAUCAGCAUUCCUACAGUAAAGUCUGGUUUGGGACCAAGACUGGCAUAGACUGAGUCUGGAAAUUCGCUAUUGGAAGCCAAAUAACAUCAAUACCUUGCUCUAUAAUUGAAUAUCAAAUAAGACGAAUGUACCAUUGUAUAUCUGUAUUUUGGAUAAUCAUUGGAAAAUUGUGUUACAUUAGCAACUCAUGCAAUUAAAAAUUCUUUGUAAAAUUUGAAAUAGCUUUUUGUUAGUAGAUGUUGGAACUUUAUUACUAUUAUAAUGCCUUUUCCAAGUACAACUUUGACUUUUUUCUGAAUUGUUAAAUAAUUUAAAAUAACUUAUCCUUAAUAAGCUAAAUAAUUUUGAUAUCAAGUCCUAUAAAGUAUAGAACAUUUUAGGUAUAUUAUUAUAUUGCUAUUUUACUGUUUCUCAUCAACUUCUCAUUGACCCAAAUGGCAUAAAGGCAGAAGUCAAUUUAGAAACAAGUUGCAUUUCAAAAGUUCAUUUGUAAUCUGUUUGUUUAAGGAUUUUUUAAAAUCCUAACUGUUAGUACUUGAAAGGAAGUAGGUUUAAUUAGAAGCAUUUCAGUCAGGGGAAGUCCUUGGGGGUGUUUUGGAAACUUUCAAAUGUGAGGAGGUGGACUUGUUUAGGUUCCCAUUUCCACUCCAGACUCUUCCUCCUUCUCCUUCUUC